AUGCAUCGCUCUAUUAUCUUCCUUGCCCCAUUGACAGCGGCCUUCUCCUUCCCCAAGCGCGACCUUUCGCCCCCAACCUCUCUUCCGGCAGGAUGGGAAUACAACGGCUGUUAUACCGACAGCCGCUACAACCGCGCCCUCAACGAGAAGCAAUACUACGAUAUGGGCUCGAACACUGUUACCGCUGAAACUUGCAUUGCAUUCUGCGAGUCCAACGGCUUCCCAGUAGCCGGUCUCGAGUACUCAGGCGAAUGUUACUGCGGCUCGACGCUUCCCUUCCAGUCCGGGACCGACGGCUGCAACAUGCCAUGCGCGGGCGACUCGUCUCAAGUCUGCGGCGGGCCUGAUCGCAUCACGGUCUACUCCACCUUCACGACCAGCAUCCCGGAGGGUUGGACUUCCCUGGGCUGCUACUCGGAUAGCGUUCAGGCGCGUACGCUCUCGGACCUCAAGCAGGUGGAGGGUGGCACUGAUGCCAUGACGCCUGAGCUUUGCACGUCUACGUGCCAGGGCUUUGGCUUCACGUAUGCUGGUGUUGAAUACGCCGGCGAGUGCUUCUGCGGCAACGAGAUCCAGAACAGCGCCUCCUCAUCCGGCCUCAUGGGCGGAUGCAGCAUGGUUUGCAAGGGCGAUGGCAGCGAGCUUUGCGGUGGCCCCGACCGCAUGAACCUGUACACUGUUGCCGCCACUCCGGAGGAGCCUACCGAGGGGGAGGACACUGAUGUCGAGGAUGAGCCUGAGGUUAUUCCGGAAGAGGAGCUGCCUUCGAAGUUGUAA